AUGCCACCCCAGCAGAGGAAGCAUGAUCCCCGGGGCAUCUGCACCUGUGUCAGGUUCACGUUCACCUUUGAGAAGGAUGUGGAGAUGCAAAAGGGCACCGGCUUCCUGCCGUUCCAGGGCAUGGACAGGAAGCUCUGCCCGUUCAGGCACGACCGAGGGGAGAAGAAGGUGGCGUGUAAGCACUGGCUCCGGGGACUGUGUAAGAAGGGGCGCGAGUGCAAGGUCCUGCACCAGUAUGAUGUCACCAGGAUGCCUGACUGCUGCUGCUUCUCCAAGUUCCGUGAUUGCAACAACAGGAGAUGUCCCUUUCUCCAUGGGAUGCCAGCCUUCAAGACCCGGGACAGUCCUUGGUAUGACCAAGGUUUCUGCAAGGCUGGUCCCCUGUGCAAAUAUCGCCAUGUCUGUAGGAUAAUGUGUAUUAUUAACUACUUAGCUGGCUUCUGCCCUGAGGGACCCAAAUGCCAAUUUGCACGGUGAGUAUGAUCCCUGGAUGAACAACUCCCACCAAGUGCUGAGCCCACACUCUGCCUUCUGGACCUAGAUCUUUCUGUACCUUCACUGGCCCAGUGUGGGAGAUGAAGCGUCGGGCAAGCACCCACCUGCCAUGUUUUCCUUGCUGGUCGCCCUGUAGCCACCCUUCCUCAGCGCCGUUGGCUGCACCAGACUUAACCCAUGCUGUUAAUGUUUAUCCAUGCUGGGGGUGAGCAUAUAGCUUUUCACUGCCUGCUCUAGAAAUAAGAGUAGAAACGUUGGACACCCACCCCACCCCCAGUCCUCUGCAGUUCUCCCACUCCUGGCCAGGGCACCGGCUCCUUCCCUGUGGGGCUCUCACCCAGGAAACCUGUGGCAGACUGGUUUCUGAGCAGGUGACAGAAGGGCACAGCCAGGCUGUAACUGUGUCUUUCUUUCUGCACUUCCCUCAGUCCCAAGAUGAAUCUUUCAUUCAACCCAAGUGACAUGAGUGCAGGCAGUGAGGGGGCACACGUGUCUCCCCCAAUGGCACCUCUCCUUGGGGCUCUUGACUCCCUGGCACUGCACUAUUCCCGGCUGCCCUCGCUCUCACAUGACCUGCUCCCAGUGCCAGAGCUGGGAAGGGUACAUGGUGUGGUGUUGGUAGCCCACACAUGGCUGUCCUCCCAGACCUCCCAAACUCUGUAAUCUGUGCUUCAGGUAGGACAUCUCAGCUCUCAGAUGGAGGCUUUCGUCCUCCUCAGCUGCAUAACGUGUGGUUUUGGUGAAAGAAAAUGAAGCCCAGCUCAAGACCGGUCCACAGUUGUUAUUCGGAAUCAGGGUGAUUGGCUGGGCCUGGUCCCUAGAGGAAUGGAUACCCUGCCUACUGAUACCAGGCACUGAUGAGAAGUUACAUCAGGGGUCAGCAAACUAUGGCCUGCAGGCCAAAGCUGGGCCAUCACCUGUUUUUGUACAGCCUGGCAUCUAGGAAGGAUUUUUAAAAGGUUGUGGAAAACAAAACUUGUGACAUGUGAAAAUGAAAAUUCCAGCGCUCAUAAAUAAUUUUAUUGCAACAAGGCCAAGCUCUCCAUUUACAUACCGUCUAUAGCAGUUCUGAUGCUUAGGAAGGCAGAGCUGAGUAGUUGCAACAGAGAACAGAUGGCCUGCAAAGCUAAGAAUACCUACUACUUGGUCUUACAGAGAAAGUUUGCUGACCCCUGGUCCGGAUGACGGCCAGUUAAGUAUGACGGAGGACAGACCAGGAAUGCGGACUUGGGGGCAGCUACCGAGUUCUUGUUAAUGAGUGGGCCAAUCUCCAGUCAGUUCGCAGCGGGCAGCCCCUCACCAGGCUGGGCAGCUCUG